AUGCGCCACAAAAAAGACAACUUCUCCCGAGGAGGCAAGAAACCAUCCAAUCCCCGCCCUCGUCGUCCUGUACCCCGCGGCGAUAACGAGUCUUCGACUUCCUCCAGACCACCGUUCAAGGCCGCUUGCUGGGACUUGGGCCAUUGCGAUCCGAAACGAUGCUCCGGCAAGAGAUUGAUGCAGUUUGGGUUGAUGCGCGAGCUUUCGAUUGGGCAGAAAUAUCCGGGUGUGAUUGUGUCACCGAAUGCGAAAAAGAUCAUAUCCCCAGCAGACCGCGACCUCCUCGAAACGCACGGCGCAGCAGUAGUAGAAUGCUCAUGGGUCCGAGUCCAAGAAGUCCCCUGGUCCCGCAUCGGCGGCAAAUGCGAAAGACUACUACCGUACCUCAUCGCCGCAAACACAGUCAACUACGGCAAGCCCUGGCGCUUGAACUGCGUUGAAGCCCUCGCCGCCUGCUUCUACAUCUGCGGCCACGAAGACUGGGCCAAAGACGUCCUGAAACCAUUCCGCUACGGCGACGCUUUCCUUGAGAUCAAUAACAAGCUACUGAAGCGGUACGCUGCAUGCGCGACGGAGGAAGAGGUUAAGAAGACGGAGGAGGAAUGGCUGGCGAAGAUUGAGGCGGAGUAUGCGGCGAAUCGGGAUGUGGGUGCGGAUGAUAUGUGGACUGUCGGGAAUACGAAUCGGCAGGUUGUCGAUUCGGAUUCGGAUGAUGAUGACAAGGAUGAAGAGGACGAGGAGAGCAAUAAGAAGAAAGAUGAGAACGGGUCGGGCGACGAAGAGGAAGAAGGGGAGGAGGAUAAAGACCCCUUUGCCAUCUCCGACGACUCCGAAGACGAAGCCCAAAUGGCCGAAAUCCGCCAGAAAAUCCUUAACUCCAAAUCAUUCCAAAACCCCUCCGUCGACGAUGACGAUGACCGGCCUACAAAUCAGCCUGAGAAGGUUACCCGUCCAGAUGAACAGCCAGUCCUGCGCGAAGACUCAGAUGCUGAGUCUGGCUCCGCGGGGAGUGAAAAUGAAGACGACGAGGAGUUUGAUAAUAUCAUUAAUGCGACACCAGUUACAGAUCGGACGGGAAUUAUUUCUACGUCGAGGAGGAAGGGGAAGGAGACGUUUAGCGCGUCAUUUUCGAGGACAGUGGUUAAUGCGCCGAAGCGGUGGUGA